CCAGCAGCCAGCGGCCCAGCGUGUGCUUUUCUCUAGCAUUUUUUUUUCUUUUCCAAUUUUGCUUUUAUUCCUCUAAAGUCCAAACCUUUAUUUUUCUCUUUUCCUCUGUGGCCGGAGGUGGAUCUCUGAGGUUCACAUCUCUCUCUCUCCCCGACGCACUGAGAAGGAAAAAUAAAGAUUUUUUUUCUGUUCGUGGUUUUUGGGGUUUUUAUUUUGGAUUGUUAGAGUGUUGUGGAAAUGGAGCCAGAAACGACCUCGAACUCGGUCUCUGAAGGCAAUGGGAAGGACAAGAACUUCGAAACCCAGGUGGUGCUGAACGUGUAUGAUCUUACCCCACUUAACAAUUACACGGUUUGGUUCGGUUUUGGGAUCUUUCAUUCCGGUAUUGAAGUCCAUGGUAAGGAGUAUGGAUUUGGAGCUCAUGACUUCCCAGCAAGUGGAGUUUUUGAAGUGGAACCAAGGAGUUGCCCGGGUUUUGUUUACCGAUGUUCCAUCUCAUUGGGGCGCAUAACUAUGCGCCCAUCUGAAUUCCGGACAUUUAUUGAGAAUGCAGCUUCUGAGUAUCAUGGGGAUACCUAUCACCUCAUUUCCAAGAAUUGCAACCAUUUUACAGAUGACAUCUCGUGGAGAUUGACAGGAAAACAUGUCCCGGGGUGGGUGAAUCGGCUUGCCCGAGUAGGUUCUCUAUGUAGUUGUCUGCUUCCUGAAAGCCUCCAAGUAUCUACUGUCAAACAGCUGCCUGAAUACCACGACUGUUCAGAAGAUGGUACGGAAUCUCUAUCAACCGCGACUGCCCGUGAUUCAACAGAAAUCGAUGAUGAUCACGAGAAGAGCCUGCUGUCUCCAUUGGCUGUAAGCGGUGACGUGGCUUUUGUUAAAGAGGUACACAAGUGAUAUUUUGAACAGGGGAAAAGAAUCGUCCACUUCUGAAACCAUUGUUUCGAUUUGCUGUAUUUUUUAUUUUUUUUUUCUCAUUUUUUUCCCUCAUUCAACCACUAUUGUUUUUGAUGUUCAUUUCAUUUGUUUACGAGUAGAAUUUAGGUUGUUGUAAUUGGUCAUAUUUGUGAACGAGGGUUUUGUACGGUCCUUUUUGUAAGUGGAAAUUGCGUCUCUAUCUGAAUAUUCUGUAAUGUACCACGAGUUUGGAACUAUAAGAUGGCUGUCUACUUCCAAUUUCUUGAAGCAA